AUUGCGCCAUUUCAUUAAGCAUGGCUUAGUUGGCCACAAUCAAAUGUACAGAGAAGUGAAGAAAACUGAGAACACUUCAACUACAUGCAUUAAUGUUGUACUCCGUACUUGACAGUAUAAAAGCUACUGCAACCCAUUGCUAAUAUUAACAAUUAGCAAACCUCCUUUUUCUUGUACGUACUGGUAUUUGUUUCCUUUUAUUCUAAAAUAGAAGAUGGGGAGGUUUUCUAAGUACUGUGGUGUGUUUGGUGUGAUGUUGGUGUUGUUAGUGAUAGCUGCAGGGACAACAGAAUGUAGGAAAAUUGAAAAAGACACAUUUUCUGAUGGCAUAGGAGGUGGCUUGGGUGGUGGAGGAGGUGGUGGUGUUGGUGGUGGAGGAGGCGUUGGAGGUGAUGGAGGUGUUGGUGGAGGAUUUGGAAAGGGUGGUGGUGUUGGAGGAGGAGUUGGCGGAGGUGGUGGUGCUGGAGGAGGAGUUGGUGGUGGCUUUGGGGGUGGAAAAGGGGGUGGCAUAGGAGUUGGGCAUGGUGGGGGAGUUGGGGGUGGUGCUGGAGGAGGGUUUGGUGGUGGAGGUGGUGCUGGCCAUGGUGGUGGUGUAGGAGUUGGAGGUGGUGCUGGCCAUGGUGGUGGUGUUGGUGGGGGUGCUGGUGGUGGUGUUGGUGGGGGUGCAGGUGGUGGCAUUGGAGGUGGAGGUGGUGCUGGUGGGGGUGCAGGUGGUGGCAUUGGGGGAGGAAAGGGUGGUGGUGUUGGAAUUGGAGGUGGGUCUGGUGGUGGUGCUGGUGGCGGUGCAGGUGGUGGCAUUGGGGGAGGAAAGGGCGGUGGUGUAGGAAUUGGAGGUGGGUCUGGUGGUGGAGUUGGUGGAGGUGCAGGAGGUGGCAUUGGAGGUGGAGGUGGUGCUGGUGGCGGUGCAGGUGGUGGCAUUGGGGGAGGGAAGGGCGGUGGUGUAGGAAUUGGAGGUGGGUCUGGUGGUGGAGUUGGUGGAGGUGCAGGUGGUGGCAUUGGAGGUGGAGGUGGUGCAGGUGGAGGCAUUGGGGGUGGAAAAGGAGGUGGUGUAGGAAUUGGAGGUGGGUCAGGUGGUGGUGUUGGAGGGGGUGCAGGUGGUGGUGUAGGAGGAGGUGUAGGAGGAGGUGCUGGUGGAGGUGUGGGUGGGGGAGCUGGUGGUGGUGCUGGAGGAGGGGUUGGUGGUGGAGGUGGUGCAGGUGGAGGUGUGGGUGCCGGUGGUGGUGUUGGCGGUGGCUUUGGUGGUGGUGCUGGAGGGGGCAUUGGUGGUGGAUUUUAAACCAAAAGUUAAAAUAUAUAGCUUGUAAUGUAAUGUAAUACCAUGCUCCUGCAUGGUUAGUAGUUAAAACAAAUGGAAUAAACAAAAGAGCAGGUGCUUUUUAAA